CAAUACGUGCGAAUACUGAUAAUCCGUACCAGCUGAUUCAUACCCGUAAUAUAUUAGGAACAUUAGCUACAUGUGAAAGAAACUGUAGAAACAGUUAAAAACUAACCUCGAUCGUGUAAAAGAAAUUGCCAUGUGGCAAUAUAACGUAUGUAUAUACUAAAUAUCAAUAACAUACGUAUAACCUCUACACUGAUUGCAUGAUGGCUACUGGAAAACGAAGAGGUGUGCAUACAACUUCUGGCAACUCUACGAUGUUCGGCUCAUCAAUGAAUAAUUUAAGGUCGAGUCGUCUAAACUUUCGUCCAAAUUCGACUCAAGAAGAUAAAGGUGGAACUCGGCCAACCGCGGCUCCAAGCUCCAUAGGUCUUAUACUUAUAACGAUGUUUUUACAUGUUUGUAAAAAAUCUUUACUAUUCGACACGAGACUUAAAGUUGCUAUAUAUUGUGGCGCGAUAUUUGUAGUAUCAUUGAUAGCAGAUUUUACUACGAUACCGAGAACGUAUUUAUCACGUUCAGAUAACGCACUCAAUCAGUACUUUGUGAAGUGGGGAUGGGGAUGGCUAUUAACCGUAACCGUUCCAUGGGUCGCAUUGACAGCACACACACUUGGCUGUGGUCGUAGAUCAAUUUUACUUAGACAUCUUGCUAGACUAGCUUUAGCUACAAUUGCAUGGUUAUUAUGGGUGAAAUUGUUUAAUUAUAUUGAAACGAACUUUGGCCGUUGUCUUAGCACAAGGGAUAUACAGUUACAGACAAAAACAAAAUGUCUUCAAUCUGGUAGAUUUUGGAGUAGUAUUGAUAUAUCUGGGCAUACAUUUAUUCUUAUAUAUUCUAGUCUCAUCUUAGCGGAAGAAGGCUCUUCAUUAGUUGGAUGGGAAGGUAUCAAGGAUUUGAUCAUGCGUGAAGAACAUACGCGAGUUACACCAAAUGAAUCUAGUACCGGACCGCUUCGAAAUCUUUCGAAUUCAGAUUUAGAUUUCUUAAAGAAAGCACACAAAGCGCUUACACCUUAUUUGAGAGGUCUUUUUGUUGCAAUGACGUUACAACAAUUACUUUGGGAUACAAUGUUAAUAUCUACAAUACUUUAUUAUCAUAUUAUGAUAGAAAAAUUUCUUGGAGGUAUAGCAGCCGUUCUAACAUGGUACGUUACGUAUCAAUGGUGGUAUAAGCUUCCAAAAAAUUCAUUGCCCUCUCCUGGUGAUGGUUUAUUUAAAUAUAAUGAAGUGAAGACCUACGACAAUGAUUCAAACAGAUUGAGGCGUAGUACAUUAAAUGGUACCAAUAGAUUUAUGGGACUUCCGAUUCGUUCGAAUUAUGAUAAUAUCAAUAUAAGCGGCAUUAAUAGGCAAUUAGAUUCCGAAAUAAUUGCUUCCAGAACAUGA